GCUGCUUCAGUCUACAUCCUGCAUAUUCCUCUGGCCAACUAGAUCAAUUAAAUUUACAAAAAGAUGCCUAAACUCCUACAAAGUAUGGUCACUGUCAUUGACCUCUUCUAUGAAUAUGCCAGCCAAGAUGAGGAGUGUGACAUGUUAAAGAAGGAAGAAAUGAAAGCACUUUUGGAAAAUGAGUUUCAUCAAAUUUUGAAGAAUCCAGAUGAUCCAGACACUGUAGACAUCAUCAUGCAGAGCCUGGAUCAAGACCAUAACAAAAAGGUGGAUUUUACUGAAUAUCUUCUGAUGAUAUUCAAGCUGGCACAAGCUUGUAAUAAAAUGAUCAGCAAAGAUUACUGCCAAGCUUCAGGGUCAAAGCAGAGAGACCACAGUCACUGGCACCAUGAGGAACAGAGUGAAACAGAAGAUGAGGACAAAAGAAAAGGAAGGUCUUCCAGUCCUUCAAGCUGUAAUACAGGAGAGAAUGAUUCCUAUUCCAGGGGCCCCAGAGGGAUCACUAAACACAGACUUGGAUCCAACUCUGGGAGAAAGCAGCCGCAAAGAGACCGUUCCAGUUCUGGACACAGGCAAAGCUCUGAGGAAAGGAAAGACUCAAGCUCAGGACAAUUCCAGGACAGAAAGAAAAAGAAGCACAGUUUUCAUGACGGGUCUGGGAGUGAAGAAGGUAGUUAUUCUCAUUCAAGCAACUGCAGAAAAAGAUCAAACUCAGCAAAUCAGACAGACAGUAGUGGAGAAGAAAGGAGUGGAUACUCUUCAGAGGAUCAGUCUUAUAGUUCUGACCAACACUGUUCUGAUUCAAAUGAAUCCUCACAGAAUAGACAACAUAAGAAGAAAUCAGGGCAAUCCCCUCAUAGGCAGCAUCAUGAAUUCAGCUCAGGGAACAGUGGAAGACAAGACCACUGGUCAAGUUCAAAUGAAACUAGUGGUUGUAGUCAUGGGUCUGCUGUGGCCAACACGGAUCUAGCUCUGGUCAGUCUUCUGGCUACAGACAACAUGGGUCCAUUCAGUCUUCAAGUCAUAAACAACAUGGUUCUGGUUCAGGUCAGUCCUCUAGUUCUGGACCACAUGGGUCGGGAUUAG